CUCACUUUUGAUUAUCUCCAAACAUGAAACUUUCUCUCACUCUCUGCACCCUUCUUGCUCUCCUUCUGGCCACCGGAACACACGUUUCCGGCCAGAACUGCGGCUGUGCUCCCAACCUCUGCUGCAGCCAGUUCGGCUACUGUGGCUCCGGCGACGCCUAUUGUGGCAAUGGCUGCCGUUCGGGGCCAUGUUUCGGUGGUUCACCGGGUGGAAGCAACGGAGUCGUAGUAAGUAACGUAGUGACGGAUAAUUUCUUCAACGGGAUCGCUAAUCAGGCCCCGGCUGGUUGCGCCGGGAAGGGCUUCUACACACGCGCCGCCUUCCUCCAGGCGAUUAGGUCGUAUCCUCAGUUCGGCACCACCGGCUCCGUUGAGAAUGCUAAGCGGGAGAUCGCGGCGUUCUUUGCUCAUGUGACGCAUGAGACCGGACACUUUUGCUACACACGAGAGAUAAACGGCCAAUCCAGAAACUAUUGCGACAGCAACAACAGACAGUGGCCUUGCACACCGGGCCAGGGCUAUUACGGCCGAGGCCCGAUUCAAAUCUCAUGGAACUACAACUACGGGCCAGCUGGCCGAGCCAUAGGGUUUGAUGGACUGAACAACCCUGAUAUCGUGGCUAGAGACCCUAUUAUCUCAUUUAAGACCGCGUUGUGGUUCUGGAUGAACAAUGUGCACUCGCUUAUCAUAUCCGGGCAGGGCUUCGGGGCGAGUAUCCGAGCCAUCAACGGCAAUCUUGAGUGCAACGGCGCGAAUCCGGCUACCGUGACCGCUAGGGUUAAUUACUACACGCGUUACUGCAGCCAAAUCGGGGUUAGUCCUGGCCCUAAUCUCCGUUGCUAGGAGAGGAGAGACCAUUGGAAUAAAUCAAGUUUGAUGAAUAAGAGAAUGUAAUAAAACUACGUGAGAAUAAAUAAAUGUUUGUGUACUAUUAAUAAAAUUAUGAAAUAAUAUGUCCUGGUUGACCUAUGAAA